AUGCACCGUGACCUAAAGCCGGCCAAUAUUCUUCUGACUUCCAGCAAUAUUGACGAGGCUGUGGUGAAGGUGGCUGACUGGGGCAUGGCAAAGCAAACGCCGGCGCUUGGCAGGGGCCCGUGCGAUCCAACCGCAGAUGUAAUGUUUGAAUCUGCUGUGGGGACGGUAGCCUACAUGUCGCCCGAGCGGCUCUCGCGUGAACUGUACGACUACCAGGCGGAGGUAUGGGCGCUUGGGGUCAUCAUGUAUGAAUUGCUUUUUGCCAGGCACCCCUACCUGCACUCCGCCUCCUCGGUUCGCACGCCGGACCAGCUGUUGAAGGCCAUUACUCGUGCGGAGGAGGUGGAGAUGUCGUGCAACGUCCUCCGUUCCGACACGAAGCGACAGGGCGGGGGUGUGCUCAACCAAACUCCGUUGGGGGUUGGCCCGCUUUCGCGUGAGUGCUACGAGCUCUUGCGGCACAUUUUGGAUCCAGACUCGAAGACGCGCUACACGAUCGAACAGGUGCGAGCCCACCCGUGGAUUUCCCAGCCGGAAGCGAUGCGGGCAACGGAGGUGGUGCAGGCUGUGAAGCGCGCCGUGGACGCGGCUGCAGCUGAUGCAGAGGCCGUACUCACGGCAAAAGUGCUAACAGCGGAGGAGGAAGAUGUAGUGCCUGCCACCGCGGCCCUCACGGCCCAAGAAUCAUCCGCGGCAGAGGUGGUGGUGACGGUGUCGGCAACGACGACGGCGGCGGCGGCGGCGGCGGCUGACCUCCCGGCUCAAGUUCUCUCUAGGGAGGAGCAUCAGGGCGCGAUUAAUAUUCAGGGCCUUGGCCCUAACCAGAGUGCGUUGCAGCGUCAGCAAAUCAUUUAUCAAGCACUUCGCGACUAUUUUUACAUCCUACGUCACAACGUCUUGGAGGUGGAAAGCGACCCUGGCCGCGGGCUCGUGUUGUUGUCCUACGCCUGGGAGCUUCUCUGUGCGGCGGCAACGGCGGUACUACGGGAGGAACACCCUUUAACCGAUGGAAUGGUCUGCGUGGACGCCCCCAGCAGCACGUGUGCUGGCACCCGCGUUCCGCUGCGCCUUGCUCUUCCUGACGAUAUCAGGUUGAUGGAGAAUUACAUUCAGGAAACUGCGCAGCGGCUGAAGAGGAAUUUGUUGCCCAGCAGCACACUUAGAGGCCUGGGCUCCGCGCCGCUGGGGUUCUCCAGCGAGAACACACAAGGGCUGGAGGCCUCUUUUGAUUCUAUUGCGCCACCUCCGAUGAGCCCGCAAAAGUCGACGUACCCCAGCGCACACACACUGUUGUUCCAACGCACCGUGUCGCUCAUUCGUGCGGCGGCCACCGAGGAGCUUAUGCUCGGUGACACAAACGAGCAAGACAACGUCAUGGAGGAGGAGGAGGCACGACCCGACGGGCAACACGUUCGGCAGCAGCACAUGUACGAACAGGCCAUGGCCAUUCUGCGUCUGAUUCUGCAGCAAGUUGUCGUUCGUCGCCAGUCUUCCCUUCAUGGCGUUUGUCCUCCCUGUGGAAUCGACGCAGAGGAGGGCAACACGGUGCAGGUACUGACCGUGCCAUUGUUCCCCAUUAAGGAUGAGGCCGACCAACGUACGGUGCAGGCUCUCUUGCACACGGUGGAAAAGCAUUACCGUCGCCUUGUGAACGUCAAGUAG